UAUACGCAAAAGCGUACAAACGUGAUUUUUUAAUUUUUUUUGCUUUGGAAACGUUUUAAAAAUGUUUUUAAAUAUAUAUAUAUAUAUAUAUUUUAUUCAUUUUAAUUAUGUUUAGUAUAUCUUAAAAUACAAAUAAACAAAUAGUCAUUCUAUUUAAUCAUAUAAAAAUAAAACAAGCUAUCAUUAAACAUCAAAGUCAUAUUUAAAAUUAAAAAUAACAAAACCCCAGCAUUUAGAUAUUAAUUAGUUUAACUAAAAUAAAAAUCAUAACAGUAAGUCAUAACCAAUUAGAAAGUUUUAGCGUUUCUAAACCACAAACGCAAGUUUUCAAAAUAGAAACGCAAGUUUCCAAACUAAAUUUUUUAAAAAACGAAUUUCAAAUACGUUUCCGCGAAUUUCUGAGAGAUUCCGAUUCCAAAACGUAAAACAGACUUUUAAUCGAGUUUCUAUGCAACAUAGAUUAUACUACAAACAUAUACUAUGUUGCGUAAAAGUAUAUAAACAGCUAAGAAGUCAUAUAUGAAAGGUAUGAUUAUUAAGAAUACGCAAGAAUUUCAUAUAUUAGUGAUAUAUACUAAUAACAUAUAAAAAUAAGUUAUGACUUAUGAUCAUCAGGUAAUGUGUUACAAAAAAAAAGAUAAUCAAGUAAUAUAGUAGAUAUCGAUCAUAUUAUAUCCACGUGAAAAUUCCAUGAAACUCGGACACGCGUAAAGAUGUAUGAUCUUGUUCUCACUUUCGUCAUCAUUUACUGAUUUUUUAAUCAUCCAUUCAACUAGUCGAGCUUGAGAGUCAAAUUUAUCUUUCAGUUACUCUUAAUUAAAAUAAAAAUGGAUUAAAUUUUCUGACCUUCGAAAUUACGGUCAGUUCAAUCAGUUGAUAAAUUUCAGCAUUAAUAGAUCUGAACCUGAACACUUCAUGUAAUUUAUGUAAACAGCUUUUUAGGAUUAACCGCAACUUUGUGAAAAAUAGGGUAAAAAUUCCAAAACUUAUAUGCCAAAACAUAGAGAAAAUUAGCAUGUUCCCAACUAAGAACUUCAUAUCGUGUGAGUUAGUCUUUAAUUAACAAUCACUAUCUUCAUGUAAAGAGAUAAACAGACUGUGAAGCUCAUAAAUAUCAUCCAUUAUUCAGCACCUAUAAGCACCCACUUUCUUUUUUGGUUUUCCUCUCUCUAUCUCGCUCAAUCUGUAUUAUGUAACAGCCACCCAAAGGUUACAAUUCAGAGGUUUCUAUUUUCCAUAGUUAUUAUUGUAAACUUAAAAGAUUUGGGGUAGAUCUAUCUGCGUUUAUUUUCUUCUGUUUGGCACGACAAAUAUAAAGAUGGAGAUCAAAGUCAAACCAAAAGCCUUAGAGUCAGAGCUUAUAGCAACUAAAGUGGAAGAUGAUAUGAAGAAGAUGAAAGAGUGUGUGCUGAUUGGUCAAGCUGCAAAUGAAGAGAUUACUAAAGAACAAGGAGCUAUGACGACCAUGGAGGAGGGUUUAAGACAAAACUCAGAUGAAACAAAACAAGAUCUAUCUAAAAGUGACUCAAGAUCAACAUCGCUUGAGAUGAUAGAAAAGUUGGAAAAUGACAGAGAUUCGAGCCAGAACGCAGAAAACACCCAAAAGCAAGAAGAGAAGAAGAAAGAGAAUAAUAACAUGAUGAAACACAAGAAGGCUAGUUCACACGUGUGGGACUGUGGUAGCUCUCUCUACGACUCUUUCGAGCUCAACUCGUUCAAACGGCAACUCGACUCAGCUAUAUCUGCUUCCUCCGCCAGAACUAUGUCCAUGUCUCACCUCCCCGACCGCCGUCUACCUCUUCUUAACUCGCUCUCGCCGGAAUCUCCUCUUCCUCCUCCGCCGGUUACUUCUUGUUCCUCCUCCGGAAACAAGAAACAUUCGAACAAGAUCUCUCGUUCUCUUCAGAGAUUCUUGAAAUCAGUGUUCAGACCAAAACAUCACCAAACUCUGUCCUCGUCCUCAAGCACUCCUUCUUCGCCGGUCUACAAAGCGGCCGGUCACGACGGCGUCGGCGAUAGAGAUCGAUACUACGUCGUUUAUGACAAGUCAGGAUCGUUGACCACCAUUCCAGAGUCAACAGAGAAAGAAGUGGGCCCGGAGAUUAACUCUCUUGUUAGGAAAACCGUGUCCGAGAGAUUCCCGGCGAGUCGAGUAGCUGGUAUAUCAUGUGCAUGAUUAAUAAUAUUUAUUAUCUAAGUCGUAUAUUUGAUAUGUAUGUUAUGUGAUAUUAGAGUGUUUUUCUUUAAGAAAACAUUUUGGAAAAAGUUAAUAAUCGUGUUGGACGUAUGUGAAUGUCAACAUCUAAUGAAUUUAUGAUGCAGCCUA